UGUACACACAUUCGUUAACCCCGACUUCACCAGAGUUUAGAGACUCGCAGCGUUAGCAAGAGAGGGCAAAUUAGAAAUGUCGAUUCUGUGGGAGAAGAGCGAUACAUGGAGAUGGAUAGUGAGGAAAACCAGAGAUUCCAAGUCCUUCUUCUUGGCUUUCGCCACCGUCUGCGGCGUCGUUCCCGGCAUUAUUGGCUACUGCGUCAUGCAAGCCACCAAUUCCCGCAACGAGCAACUCGAAGCUCGCCUUCGCCAGAAUGCAAGGCCUGAAUCUCGCAUGAUGGGGCAAGUAAAUCGAGAGAGACUGGCAGAAUAUCUUGGUGAGCUGCAGAGGAAAGAAGACACUAAUGAUCGCUAUGUUGCUGCUUUGAAGGGAGAGACAUUGACAAGGAAGCCAUAUGUGAGAAUUCAACCAAUCCCAGAUCAAACCAAAGAUGCCACUAUCAAGGAACAACAGGUCAAGAAGGAAAAUAAAUAAGUGGGUAUGUGCUGUUGAGAUUUUGGAAUGUUAUCUUACUAUUUUAGGGGGGUAUAUCAUUACAGUGCAGGUUCUUAAGUUUGGACUUUGUACGAAAAUGGUAUGAUAUAAGUUUAUAACAACUAACUUUUUCGAAGCUUGGUUUGUUUCAAA